AUGGAGGAGCUGGCCAAGUCGCUGCAGCAGGCGCAGGCCGCGGUUCUGGGUGUGCAGGAUGACCUCGCGCUUCUCCGUGCACAUGUGGAGGAGGAAGCAGAAGGGCGGGGCUACGACAGCGUUGUUAAGGCUGCUGCUGUUGGCCUCGAGACAAGCGUCGCCUUGAAUAACCCGUACUACAUGGAUCUGCAUACCUCUGUGCAUCGGAGGCAAGAGGCGGCCUCGCUGCUGCUCCAGCGCUGCGCACACAUCUUUUACGAAGAGUUUGGUGCUCUUGAGGAGAAGGCGGCGCGCCUGGAGAAUGUCCGGGUAAAGGAGAAGGAGCUGCAGUCGGCCAAGAAGAGCAUGCAGCGGUACUUCGAUGCGCACUCGAAGGAGUUGGCAGAGGAACGCGACCGCCACGAUGGCGAGCUUCGACUCGAGUGGGAGCGCCGGCAUCACCUCGAAGACGGCCUUCUGCGUCUCCAGCUAGAACUGCGCCAGCAGCGCCUAGCGCACAACGUGUUGCUCAUAUGGAUGAAGAAGGCAAUGAUGCGCAACCUCGCUCGCGAGUACACGCGGCGGCGGGAAGCAACCCGAGAGACGUACCAAUGCGCCACCUGUGACGCACUCGUCCAUCAGCAGCGAGUGACGGCAGCGCAUCGGGCGCUGUGCACGUGGCGGUCUCGAAUGCAGCAGCGCCGCUGCCAGCGUCUCAAGACCGCAGCGGCAGAGGCGGAGCAGCGAGCGCAGUUUUUCCGUGACGAGCUCGCCGCCACCCAGCAGACUCUGCAUGAGCGUCUCAACAGGGACGUCAGCGAGCGCGACCGCAUUGCCACCGCGGUAGCAACUCAGGAGAAGGAAUGCGCCCAGCACGAGGACGAGGUGCAUCGCCUUCGCACAGCUCUGCGGGACAUGACAGUGGAGUUUAGCGAGCGCACCCGUACGUACGUCCGUCAGCAGGAGGCCAUUGAGCAGCUCUUUGCGCGCAAGGAGGCGACGCUUCGCGACACCGUCUGCAGCUUGCAGGCAGCGCUGACCACAGAGCGGCAGGCGCAUGUUGCGUUGGCGGAGUCAUCUGAGCACUUUGUCGACCACGUGAACGCCUGCUGGAAGGCGCAGCUGCAGGAGCUGACCGAGGCGGUGCGGCGCAAGGAGGAGUACGCAUACCACACCGUCCUAGGACUAACCGGCCGUCUGCAGCACCGCCAUGGCAGUCUACGGCAGGAGGCAGCUAAGCUGGCACGUGACGUCGAUACACUUGCCCCGCUGAGUGAGCGCUGCGUGCGGUUGGAGAAUGCACUCGCCGAGUCCGAGCAGCUGCUGAAGCGAAGCAAGGCAUCUAGCCAGUCAUGGGAGCGACGCUACAAAACUGCUCAUGUGGUGGGGGCACUCCUGACGGAUCGCGUCGCUUCCGCGGGCAGUGCGGCGCUGCGGGCUCGGUCCUUCAUCCGGUGGUUGGGUCAUAGCCACACCAUUUCUAGCGAGAGGUCGCAGCGUAGUAUCUGCAGUCUCUCUGACAAAAUGGAGGCCCAACGUCGUCAACUGCUCGUCCAGCAGCAAGAGCAGUCCUCGCGUCACCAGGCAGAGGUGGCGCAGCUCCGUGACGAGCUGGAGCAGCUGCGUCGCGCCAACAUGCGACUGCAGUCGCAGCUGGAGGCCGCCGCACGCACGCAACGCGAGCGAGAUGGCGCCUACUACGACAGUGAGGUGCGGAACGGCGAGCUGUCAGCGGCUAUGCUGCGGGAGAAGAUGGAGCGGCGCGGCGUGGAGGAGAAAUGGUGGAGCAGCCGUGCCUCUGGCCUGCUGUUGCAGGAGGCGCAGCAGCGGCUGUAUAUUGAGGCGCAAGAGGGGCAGUGGUGGGGAACGCUGCUCAUGCGUGAGGGCAAAGUAUUGAAAGUUUGGACUGCUUCUCUGCACUGCGAUGCCGCGCAGCUCACAGCCGUGUGCGAGGGCUGGCAGCAGCAUUGCCACCAGAUCGAAGCAGCGCAUACUUCUGUGCAGAAAACCGCGGCAGCGCGGACGGCGUGUGCCCUGGAGCGAGGGGUGUUGCACGCGCAGACACUGGUUGUGUGGACCUCGUGGCGAGAGUGGGCACAGCAGAGGCGCGGCGUGGCUGCUUUAGAGGCGCGAUUGUCGGAGUCCAGAAGGGAGAUGAUAGAGCGGCACGGCAAGGAGUUGGCACGGUCGCACACCAGCCACGACAUGGCGUUGCAGCGCCUACAGCGCGAGCACACUCUGGAGAAGACACAGCUGCAGUCCAUCCACCAGGAACGAUGUGCGGCCCUGCGGCGUGCGCAGGCGGAGGAGCUGGCACAGCUCUCCGAGCGACAUGCGCAGCAGCUCAAAAUCGCGCAGACAGCCUACGCCGCGGAUGUCGCGCAGCGGGACGAAGAGGCAGGCGCGAUGCAAGAGCAGCUGGACCACGUGGGCUGCCUUGUGGUAGAGUACUGCGCUCAGGCAACCUACAGUCGAUGGCGUGCAUGGGCCGCAGAGCGGCAAGCGCAGCGCACGGUCCGGCAGCGCCGUGGAAUGAUCGCGCAACUAUGGGAAUGGCACACUGUCCGGACAACGAUGAUCGACGCCUGCGGAGCUGCCAAGGCUUCUCUAUUGGCAUCCUCAACUAUCGAGAUCGCGCAGGAGCGUGCGGUGGAAGCUCGGUGGCAGGUGCAGCACAUGGCUCAGGAGACGGAGCUGUGCCACUCCCAGCAGCACAAGCUGCAGGCAGCGAAGGAGGUGGCGGAGGAGGAGGCGGCCUACUUGCGAGGCGAGCUGCAGCACGUGCGCACGCUGUAUGACGCGGAGGCGCACUACACGGAGCGGCUGCUGUGUACCGCCACAGAGGAGCGACGUGCCUACCGCAGCACUCUCAUGUUUACUGUUCGAAUGGCCGAGUGGCGAGAGUUGGCGCACUGCAGCUUUGCGGAGCAUCAGGUAGCUGCGAUGGAGGCCUUCGCGGAUGCGGCUGGGAAGGCUAUGACAGAGGUGUCUGUAGCUCGCAGCGCCGAGCUUGCGGGCUACGUGGCGCAGGUCGAGGAGGAGGUGGUGGUGGUGCCCAACGCACGCGCCAGCGGGGCAAUCGCGUCGCCGUCAGGAGAGAGCGGUGCGGAAAAGGCGCGCACCUCCGAUGGCGACAGCACACUUGACAUGAGCGGGCAGGGACCUGGCGAGCGUGAGGUGGACGAGCACAGCGCGGAUGUGUCCACCGGCGAUGGUGGCGGUCAGCGCCGCUCCACCUGCGCAAUGGCCGUGACGCCGCCACUUGUGCAGGUCGUUCCUGAAGACCUGGUCUCGCGCCUUCGGUCGAUAGAGAGUUACGUGAUGGCCACGGGUGACUCAUGUGAGGCGGAGUACGAAGUCGAUACCGCCUCUUCAGAGCAGUGCGGUCCCCUACUUACUGAGCCUUUUCUUGAAGCGCGGGCGCCGUCGUCUCCUCAUCUGGCAGCCGCCUCCAGCCACGAGGUGGAGCAAGCUGGUGUGCCCUUGGCGGUGCGUCACCUCCUUGAACUUGUGCGCCUGGCGGCGCUGCGUGGGGCUGCAGCGCACAAGCACGAUCGCGCGGCCGAGCUCGCCGUCAUCCAGGAGAAGCGGGCUCGCUCGGAGGAGGCGUUGGCAAGUCUUCGAGAGAGCAUGGGGGGUCUACUGGCGGAGCAGCGUUCUCUUGCAGAGGAGAUGCACGCAGACGCUCAGCAACGACGACAACAGUAUUCCACUUCCCGAGAGGUCGGCUCGGCGCAGGCGUCCCUAGCGUCGACGGAGUCGUGGCACGAACGGCUGAGCGCGCUUGCUGACCGGUAUACGCGAGUGCUUGAAACCUUCUGCACCGACGUCACGGGCCACCAGGAGACGUUUUAUAGCGUGAAGGGCAUGUUGGUUGAGGCCGACGAGUUCUCGGAGAGAUUGCUGCAGCGCUUCGCGGAGAAUGCGCGUGCAAUGGCGCAGCUGCGGGCGCAAGUUCCCGCUCAGGUAUCUGGAAUCGCAUCCGCCCAUGGGAGUGGUGACGGCCCCGAUGUCACCUUACCUGCAGACAUGGCGGCUACGGUGGGGACGGUACCACCCUCCUCGCCGGAGCCGAAGGCGCCAUCGCUGCCCGUGACACCCCCCUCGUCACCUGGGCUUCCCGACAACCCCAUUCACGCUGCUUGCUCGCAGCGCAGCUCCUUCGGCGCCACCACCAGCGCUGUGGGCUCCACCUCGCCCGCCGCCUCUACACCAGAGAGGCGCGGGCUGCGGGACCGCGUGCGAUUCCUCGAGAGGCUUCUUGUUGAAACCAAAGUGCAGCUGGCGGAGGCAAAGUCGCUGGUUGGAGUGGCCCAUCGUGCCGCCUCUCUCGCCAAGGCAUCCGCUGAGGCGGAGGUGUGGGCAGCUCAGGAUGCCGAGGACUUUAGCCAGUUGGCGGUGUCGAAGGAACAGCUCCUUGUUCUCUACGCCGCCUCGGAGUCGACCACCCGCACGCUCAUGACGGCGAUGCGCGAGUACGACACGCAGCGGCGCGGCACGCAGGUGGAGAUGUCGCAGCAACUGCGAACAGCAUGCGCUGCGGUGGAGGAUGCGCUGCAGGCGCGCCACCGCAUCGACGUAGAGCGCUACGAGGCGAAGGUGCGCGCCUUGUCCGACUCUCUCGCCGCGGCUGCGAGGGAGCAGUCCAGAGCCGAGACCCGCUACGGGGAGUUGGAGCAGCAGCUGAAGUCAGAGGCGGCGAACUGGGCCGAAAAGUACUCGCGUGACACACAGCUCAUACGGCAGAGCUGCAUGUCCGAAAUUGACGAGCUGACGGGCCACCAGCGGCUGCUAGAGGACGAGCUCCAGCAAUGCCGCCGCGCCACCCAGUCAUCUGUCCAGCAGGCUGUGGAACGUCAAACGGAACUGCUGAGGCUCGAGUACACGGAGAAGCUGCGCCGCUUCGAGCGGAACGUGGCACGGAUGGCCACUGAAAAGGCAUUGCUGGAGGGCCGUCUGCGGUCCGUGGAGGAGGACUGCGUGCGGCAAGUGCAGCUGGAGCGGGCAGCGGUGGCGCGCCUUCAGCAUCGACUGACAGGUGACGCGGGUGCUGUGGCAGAGGUGGCCUGUGUGGCGACUUUGGCGAGUUGGGAGAUGCAUCUCGUCGGCGCCGCAGAACUGUAUGCGCGCUGCGCGGCGGACAAGGCGGCGUGGCUAGCCGCGUGUGUUGCUGGCCUGAUGGAGCGGGAGCGGGAGCAGUGGGAAACGGAGGUGAUACAGCUGCGGGAGCGUGUGGCGUUUCUCCUAGAAGCCUCAGGUACUGACCCCGCAGCGCCUGCGUGCGACGACUCCUUUCAAGGGUCGACAAACGUGCAGGAAAGCGGCAGGAUCACCAGCCCCCAGGAUAAGGCGGACAACUCGUCGCAGGCACUCACGGUCUCACCAUCUCCCCGCCGCAGCAACCAGGGUGUCUCGUCGGGAGAGGGUGGUGCCAGCAUCGCUGCGUGUGGCGCCACCGCAGAGAGCACCCCUCGACGCGCAGUCUCCAGCCCCUCGGCAGCGAAGACGUCCCGCGGAACCCAAGGUACUGUGUCAGUAGUCUCACAUGACACAACCCCCACACGGUGCCGGAGUCUCUCGGUCGAGUCGCUGGAGCUAUCACAGUCCUUCCUCCGCUACUCACAGAUGUUGAGCGACCAGCGGUCACGGAAUGUCACGCGGUUGGAGCGGGCAACCGCGCUGGCCGCCGAAGUUGACGAUCUCCUCUUGCGUGGUGCCCAGCUCGGCCAUUCAGCGGCCUCGCAGAGCGCUCGCUAG